GUGCAUCGAUCGCUGGUGUAGUGUCACGUGACGGAGGGAAUCUGGAGAACCGUGCACGGCACAAGCUACCCGUGGAAACUGGCUCGAGCUUCGAUUUCUUUUAGACGGCGUUCUAGCCGAAAUCACGAUGACGAUGGACGUGAGCAAGUCGGAGCCGAGUAAAAAUGGCGCGACGCAGCACGAGUGCGCUGGAUGCGGGAAAGCGAUCACGGAAAGGUAUCUCCUCAAGGCCAUGGACCUAUUCUGGCACGAGGACUGUCUGAAGUGCGGGUGCUGCGACUGUAGGUUAGGAGAGGUCGGUUCUAGUCUGUUCACCAGGGCCAAUCUUAUCCUCUGCAAGCGGGACUACCUCAGGCUGUUCGGCAAUCCGGGACACUGCGCGGCAUGCAACAAACAGAUACCACCGUUCGAGAUGGUUAUGAAGGCCAGAUCGAACGUCUAUCAUUUGGACUGUUUCGCCUGUCAACAGUGUACACAUCGGUUUUGCGUGGGCGAUCGGUUCUAUCUGUGCGAGAACAAAAUCCUGUGCGAGUUCGACUACGAGGAGAGGCUCGCGUUCGCCAAUAUGUCAGUACAAACACCGGCCACGCUGGCGUACAUCAAAAGGCAACUGCCGCCAGCGCCGACGCCGCCUGGCCAGAACAUGCAUCCGGGUCACAAUCCGCUGCAACCUCAUCAGGGACUUGGCCAGUCGGUGGGUCAACAUAAUCAUGUGUCGAACGGACAGAUGUCGGGGAGCACGCCGAUGGUGAACGGGACAGCCAUAGGCGUCGGUGGACCCAGAGCACCGGGUGACAUGAACAACAACGGGCUAUCGGGGCCAGCCCUCGGACCGGUGAAGCCACCGCCGAUGUCUAUGCAAGCUCCGACCAGCUGAAACGAGGUGUCACCCCCCCUGAAGAAGCUCAGAUGUCUCAGCGGUUAUUGAGGCUAUUGACGCUGACCGACGAGACGAACGGGAGACACGGAUAGGACGGAGAGAUAUACGGACGGAGAGAUUAAAACGUCGUGACGAAAGUGAACGCGAGAAACCUGAGUGAUAGACAGAGAAGGAGAGAGCGAGAGCGAGAGAGAGAGAGACGGAUGCGGAGGGGGGAGGGUUGGGAGAAAACGGAGGUCGUUCGUGGCGAGAAACAGAAACGGGAGGAGAAACGAGAGAGGACGAUGUUCGCGAAGCAUCUCGAGGAUACUUCGAAUAUCGGACGAUCGGAUGCUUCCGUUUCUCUCCUCGGGCAAGAAUUCUCGCUCGGAGGUGGGGGAGUAAUCACUGUGAUCGCGAAUUAUAUGAAUAAAUUUAUGGAAAUGGCUAACGGAUAGAAACUGCACACGGGGACGUCGUGUGGACAUCGUGAUGACCGCGUACAGCGUCUUGUAAUAUACGGUACAACACGUAACACGAUAAAGAAUAGACGAUUUAUGUAAGAUACGUUUCUAGCGCGGUGAGGAACGAUUAGAGGCGCGUGAAGCGAAAGGGUGCAAGGUGUGACAGAGUGAGAGAGAGAGAGAGAGAGAGCUGGAGCGAAUGGCGCAGAGUUAUCCUGUAAAUAUCUGUAUCUGUCGACUCUGCAAUUACCGAAAGACUAUCAGUAUACGCAGACCAAUCGAUGAAUAAUUUUCACGGUUUCCUCGCGAUUCGUCGGGAUUCGACGUUCGAACGGCCGAUCCGAGAAGACGAGUUCCCGGCAGAGUGGUGGAAGGGAGUCGUCGUCAUAGAUUUGUUCGUAAGUUACUGUUUGUUGUUUCUUUGUUUCUUUUUUCAUUUUUUAUUUUUUUGUUUCAAUCUUGUCGUCGGCUCUAGUCCGUGAUCCGACUUGGCAGAACGAAACGGCCAAAGUUGCAACCGAGAGACACAGCGCCGUUCUGUUCGAGCAAAAUCUGGAUGUGGCGCGAAUGCGACGAAUCCCGAGACGAAUUUCCCCCAAAAUCUCGGUAUACGAGGCGCGAGCAAGGGCGUACACGAUGGCUGAUACCAAAGAUUAACGAUGUAAGUUUCGAUGCCCCUCGGGAGAGCGAGUCAACGUCUCGAAUUCCGAAUAUUCCUCGCUCGGUGAUAAUGUAGCCGCGACGGUUUGCACGGCGGCUUCGCCGAGCAUCGCGAAUGAAUGCGCGUUUAACGCGGCCUGCGAUCGAGAGCUUGCGAGACCGGGGGGCUUAGUCGCGGCUUUACGCUUUAACGCCAAAAGACGAGCGGAAAAACGGUCCGGGCGAUGAGAAAAAAAAAAAAAAAAACAAAAAGGAGCGAAGAUGGAAGGAAGCUGAGGAGGAGCAGGAGAAGAAACAAGAGGGAGAAUCAGGUAAAACGGCGAACAUCGAUAUCAAAAUAUGGCUGAAAAUCCGAUAACCGUUGCGUGCGCUGAUAAACGAUCCGUUUUGAAUCACCGAAACGCGCCACGAUCGCGAUUCGGCUGACCCCGUGUGUGUUUCCACGGACGACGAGUUUCAUCGCCCCUCUGUUGAACAGACUCGGAUGGGACGUCAACAGUCGACGACGAUCGUUCGAUCAGAACGGGUCACGCGGGUCGAUCCGAAGAGUCGCGCUGAUUCCACACAGGACACAACAAUUCGAAACCACCAGAUCGAUUAAGUACAAAGAGAGGUUACGGCGAGGAGAAUGUGCUGCGAAGCGGGCGUAAGGAGCAGAACAACUCGCGGGAGCGAAGAGGACGUAGGGUGAAGUAAGGACGAAUACCUACACGAGUGUUACGCGCUCCGAUACGCGCGACGCGAGCCGAACACACUUUCCUCUCGUUUUUCUUUCUUUCUCUCUUUCUUUUCUUCUUCUUUUUUCUUCUUCAUCCAUCUGUAUAUAAAUAUCAUUUAUUAGCGCACUAUUAAUAUAUUUACCGCCUCUGUAGGGGCUCCUAUUACUACCGAGAAAAUAUAACAUUCUUAUAAAUACAA